AUGUCCUCCCGUGGAGUCCCAGAAGUCCUCUUCAAAAAAGUAGACGAAUACGUCGACUCCCUCGCCCCUCAGAUCCAACCCCGCAUCACCGACGAGCUCGAAACCUUUCAGCAAAAGACCAUCGACAGUCUCGAAGACAAGGUUGUCGACGCCUUUCGCUCGCUGUUCAACAAAGACAAGAACCCUUCUGGUUCAAGGAGCUUGGACGAUAAUGCGCCUGAUGCCUAUGGUGGACAGUCGUUGCCUUUUGCAGACGAGAUUGCCAAGCUCACGCGUAGCUUUACUAAGAACAUUGAUGAGGCGAGUGAUGAUCUAAGGGAUAUUUUCGAUAUCACAGAGGGACAGGGACAGAGUCGGGGUGGAGGCGACGAGACAAGGUCGCGCGGUGGAGGAGAUUCGUCUCGUGGGGGUGGUGGUGGUGGUGCUAAGGGCUUCCUGUCAUUUGCUAUCGACGCCGUGCAGGACCAUCUCGAGAACAACAGCGGCAAAGGCUCUGGAGGUCAAGGCGGCUUUGAGCUUGAUGGCCUUCUAGGCGUCCUCAGCGGCACCGUCAAAGACGCAGCGCGCAACCCCGAAGAGAAAGCCCGUCUCAUCAGCCCCGAGAUCAAAGAACAAGUCGGCCUCAAGCUCCGCGAACAACACGCCCCCAUCGCCGAACAAUUCACACGCAUCGCUCUCGACCACAUCAAGCGCUGGCUUCGCGGAAACACGAGUACAAGGGAUCUGGGAGACGGUGUCAAGGGCGAGAUCGAGGACCAGGUCAAGGAUCUCGUCAAGGGACUUGGAGGACUGUUUGGGAACAAGAAGUCUAAUGAGGGUGCUUCGAGGGGCUUUGGGGAUGAUGGUGGUGAUCGUGCUCGUGCUGAUGGGGAUGGGGAUAGUGGUGGUUUCUCAAAGGUCAUUAGUGACAAACUCAGCACAGGAAUUGCGCGCGUUCACAGAGAAGUCCGCAUUGAGUUCCGCAAGAUCCUUGGUGGUAUCGAGAAGCAACUCUUUGAACUCCUCCCCGAUCAAUUCCAGCGUCCUCUGGAGAAGAUCCUCGGCGGCAACCCCUUCGACUCCCAGCUCGACCGCGAUGCAGGACCGGGGCACUCGGCCGACCGCGGCUUCGGCGACGACAUCAAAGCGAAGCUCGUCAACAAGAUCCGCGGUCUUGUCCGCAAGGUCCAAGAGACACUACGCGAGAGCAUUCUAGGUGUCGUCAACGGAGGACACCGCAAGUUUGAGCGCCAGAGUUGGUUCUUUGUGCAGAACAUGGUGGAGAUGAAGGUGCAGAAGUAUCUACCCAAGGUCAAGAUCUCUGUGCCUGAUGAUAUCGGUAACGAGGGUGUUAGUGUUGGAGAUCCUUCUGCUGCGAACCUUGGUGGUGCGAACCAGCCUGUGCCGGCUUCGCAGGGAGGUUCGGGAGGGUAUGGGGCUCCGGCACAGCAGCCGUAUAAUCCUCCUUCGCAGUUCCAGGAGGGUCAUCGACCGAAUCAGAGUCAAGACUACAACAGGCCGCAGGGCCAUGAUGACUAUAGGCCCCAAGGCAACGAUAGUUACAGACCCCCAGGCAACGAUAGCUACAGACCUCAGGGAAAUGACGGCCACCGACCCCAAGGAAAUGAUAGCUACCGACCUCAAAGCAACGAUGGCUACCGACCCCAAGGACAGGGUGACUACCGACCCCAAGGGCACGACGAGUACCGACCACAGCACAACCAAUCUCAUCAAGAAUACAGACCUUCGCACCAAGAAGGAUACCAGCAGGAUCAGUACAGGCCUCAACAGCACCAAGAGUACCGCCCCGAUCAGUAUCCUCCUCCGCCCCAGCAGCAUCAAUCUGGUGGCUACAACCAAGGCUACCAGCAAGACCAAGGAUAUGGACAGAACCGAGGGCACAACCCAGACCAAGGCUAUGGUCAGGGUCAAGGAUACGGCAACAACCCUCGCUACUAG